GCAGACACCGAUCGUGCAUGCCACCGACCACAGUUUCAAAGCAACCUCCGUCAUGAUCGCGUCAGCUGGCUUCUAGCUGCCCCACCUCUUCGGGAACAAGCGGUCCGCGCGCGUGUUACAACUUCUUCGUGGCCGACUACUCCGAUCCACCGAUUCCCUUGUCCACUUCGCUGAUUCCCAGCUUAUCGACCAUCGAAGAGAUCCCGAUCCCGAAAAACAAUUCCCAGGAUUAUCCAAGGAAAAAAAUAUAGAUCCAUUACCUAUCGAUCGAUCGAUCGAUCGAUACAGAUGUAACCGGAUUCGGCGAGGAGGAUCGAUGAAAGUGUCCGCGACGGGUAACGGUGUGCGGUGAACGAUGUGAGGAAAGAUCGGCGAGGGAAGAAAAUCGAAGGCGAUCGAUCGAUCGUUAGCCCGACCCUUUGUCCCACUGAGGAUAACCAUCCGAGAUGAACGCGAGAAGAAGAGUGUUCAGUGGCCUGGACGGGCUAAAGUGUGAUCGUGCGAUCGUAUUCUCGGUGUUUCUGUGGUGUCUAGUAUUUCUGUCCGGUGGGGUCGAGAGUGCACCGCCCGGGAUAUGCGCGAUGGACGGUUGCAACUGCACCGUCAAGGCGCACCGUUGGAUUAACGUCAAGUGUGUCUUCGGCAACGAUCAGGACGUGGAAUUACUGGAGGGAACGAUUCCGUCGGACGUGAUGGAGGUGGAAGUAUCUCACUGCAGAGAAUUGAGGAUCCAGUCAGGUGCAUUCGCAGAUGGUGCACCGUUGAAACGCGUCCACGUGUCAGGGAUCUACAGUCUGGUAGCGAACAGACAGGCAUUUCUGAAUCUGAGCGCACCAAACACGCAUCUCGAGGUAUCCGAAUGCAACAGCGUAAUCCUGGAAAGUCAUGCGUUCAGGAAUUCCAAAGGGACGCUCAGCGUCUCUAUAUCCAGGUGCAGACACGUGGGCAUCAAACCAAACGCCUUCUCCAGGUUACUGUGGAUCACGGUGAGAGAGGUGCCGACCCUGGAGCUAUCCAGCAACGCGUUCAAACUCGAAGCUUCUCAGCAUGGCAGGCAUGGACCAGCGACCAAGAUUAUGUUCCAAAGCGUGAGAAUCACGGAGUUGCCGACAGCGGUGUUUCCAUCGGCGGUGGCCGAGAUCCGUAUGGACGAUAUCUGGACGAAAGUGAUCCGUAAGAAUGCUUUCUGUGCCAUGACGAUCUUCAGCGUGACCAUCAGCAACGCUUCCAUCCAGGCGAUCGAAACUGGGGCGUUUAGUGACAGAGCGUUAAUCCAAAGCCUCGAGUUCGUCGACGUCAGAUUGAAGAGUAUCGAGAAAGGAGCGUUCAGGGCUGGCCACGACAACCUGACGAUACAAUAUUCAAGGCUGUCCGAGGUGGACACAGGAGCCAUCGACAUAUCCGCAGCCACGGUCAGCUUCAACAACAACGAGUUCCAGAGCCUCCAUCAAGGUGCAAUCGUGCUGCAUCAAUGGAAUCACAUAGCGAUCGAUUACAAUCUCUUCGUCGAUUUAGAAACAGACGCGAUCACGGCCGAGGUAGACGCCACUUCGGCGCCGAACUUCGAAUUUUCCUUCACGGGAAAUCAUAUAGAGAAAGCUCGACCGGGUUCUCUGAAAUUCGCGGCCAUCUCUCAGCGGGUGAACACCGCUCGCGUGGGGAACAACUACUUCAAGGAGAAGUGCAGUUGCAACCUGGACAGUUGGAUACGCGAGGUAACCGGUAAAAACAGUUCCGUUUCAUGGAUGAUGGACUCCAGUUACUGCGUGGUGGAUCAACUGCUGGACAGGUGCUUCAAUCUUCCUCAGGGCUACAUGUCCAUGAGGAAUUUUACAAAGAUCAUCUGCAUGCCUGGCGAUCAUAUCAGUUGCGAGAAGCCGUCCGCAAAGCCGGAGCCGAGCGUCAGUCCGCCCAGCGUCGGUCCCCACGUCUACCCAAGGCACAAGGGAUACUUCGACGUGGAGAUGAGCGACUCGGAGCAACUGCAACGCGAGAAGCGGAUCAUAGUAGUGAUAUGUGUCCUAGCUGUGUUGAUAGUGCUCGUGGUGAUCCUCAGUUCGGGAGUUUUGUACAUGCGAAGGAACGGCGUGUGCCCGAAGCUGACGUCCGGUCAUCUGAUGAAUCUAGCCAGCUGGUUGUCGCCCAGCAGUGGGAUGACGGCUGCCACUUCCGCCAGGUCGAUCUCUAGGUUAAGCGUGCACGAGUACGCGGGGCUACAGCCGGAGACCAGGAUCCUGGAGGUGGAGACUCAGCCUGAAGUGGCGGAAGAGGAGGAGGAAGACGCGGAAGGGCUGUAUCCUUACACCGAGAACAAAGCGACGCAAACGUUGCCCGAGGAGCUAACGGAGGAGUACCUGAGGGAUCUCAGAGAGAGGCUGAACGAUCCUGACAAUUAUAAUCAAGCCAGAGAUAUGAUUGAACAUCUGUACGAUCUGAUCAAGGUGGAGGAGAGUUGUAAUAACAAUAACGAUAGGCAACCAACCGGUAGAGAAGAGAACGCUUACGACGUGAUCCAACCGAAGCAGAGGAAGCACAGAGGCCCUCCGAAACCCUCGGUUAGCGUCGGUACCAAAGCACCAUCCUUAGAGAAGCUACUACCUAGCGGUAUUCAACCCAGACCACCUCUGACCGAGUACACCGAGCCUCGCGACCAGAGGCCCAACGAACAGAACCAUCUCUACGCCGAGUUACCCGGCGACGAGACUGUCCCCAGCACCAGUCGACUGUCCCAACCCAUUCUGGCUACCCUGGCCGGAAGAGCACCCCAACCGUUACCUCCUGACGUGGUGAACGAUCACCUGAUCAACGAUCACUCGAGCCAGGCGUUCGGUAGCCCGAAGACUGAAAAGCUCAGGCCUCCGGACAGUCCGAAGUUCGAGUUGAACAGAAACCAUGGCCGUCCCAUGAGCUUCCUCAAGGCUCUGGGCGAGAGUAUCCUAGGCAGCUCGAAGACCAACAACAAGAGGCCCAAUUCGUUGCUCUGCGAAUACGCCGAACCGUCCGACGCGACUGCCCACCUGUACUCGGAACUACCUGAACCCCAAACAUCGACUCCUGCCGGCAAGAUGGCCAACAGGCCGUUGCCCACCAAACCUGACCAAGAUUCCGUGAACUUGACGAGGUCAUAACCACGUACCCCGUCGAUUGUCUGUGAUAAAUAACUGUCGUGAACGACAAAACUGUAUUAAGAGAUUCUUUGUCUCCAUGUUUUUUUUUUUUAUAUUGUUCCUUGAGGAACGAUGAGCAAGUGACCAGGAAUAAUUAAAGUUCCAUGGGACGUGGGAAUGUUGAUCAGUGCCUGAUGAUGCGCGAGGAUCGUGAGAAGUAUCGUUUUAAGAGACACGUUUUGUAAAAAGAUAGGAAAAUUUAAGGGACUGAUAGUUGUUCGAUCUCGUUGUAUCUUUUCUUUGGUUCGCGUGGACAGAUCCGUUGGACGAGCAACGAAAGACGAGUUCUAAUUAACGACUUGCCUAAUGAGACCACGGAUGUAUCAUAGAUUUCUAUAUAUUUGCUUCGUCAGAUAUUAUUAAAGGAGUAUUUCACAUUC